AUGGGUAAUACUCCUGUUUCGAAGUCAAGAGAAAAUGAGAAUGAAAAUGUUGACCAGCCAAGAACUCCCAAAGUGAAGAAACUCAAAUUAGAUGAUAUUGACCCACGUUCACCCACUGAGGGUAUAACCAGGACUCCUAUUGUCUUGGGUAAAUCUACCAAGGAUGAGAACUUCAGUCCUCUCGAUGUUAGGCUUCCAUUUGAUACCUCGACAUUUGAGUCAAUUGACGGUUGCUUGACAGAAGACGAAUCAAUUCAUCAACCGGAUGUGUCAACAACUGCUGCUGCACCUAAAAAGGGAGAUCUAUUGGGUCGAAUGCGAAAAUCGCUCAGGAUCCAUCCUGGAUUACUCAUUCAGAUGCGAAGAAUGCAAAAGGCUCAUCACGAUAAACAACAAAAGGGGCAUGAAGGCAACGCACCUGGUAACAUAGUGAAUAAUGAAAGUUCUGGUAAUCAUCCCCAUUCCACAGCUGAUUCAGAAUCCGCAGGUUUUCUUGAGAAGUAG